AUGCCCACCCCGCCGCUACUGCUGCUGCUGCUGCUGCUGCUCGCUGGCUCGGCCGCACUCCCUGCGCCCCCCAGGAUCCCAAGACACUCAGACGGGACGUUCACCAGCGAGCUCAGUCGCCUGCAGGACAGCGCCAGGCUGCAGCGCCUGCUGCAGGGUCUUGUGGGGAAGCGCAGUGAGCAGGACGCAGAAAAUAUCCCAGAGAACAGCCUGGCACGGUCCAAGCCCUCAGAGGACCAGCUCUGCUUGCUGUGGUCGAACACUCAGGCCCUACAGAAUUGCCCUAUCUCCCUCCACAGGCUGCUCCCCAGGCUUCCCCUGGAUGGGUCCUGGUCUCCCUGGCUGCCUCCUGGACCAAAGCCUGCUGCUGAAGUCUCGGAGUGGACUGAAGCAACCAGGCAACCCCGAUGA